AUGAAGCUCAAUAUCAACUUGAACGUGCCCAUACUAGCAUCCAGAAACGGAGCAUAUCUUGCAUCGCUGGCCUUUACCGCCUUCUUUGUGCUCCUCCCAUUGGCGGUGCUCACCUACCUGCGGUUCUAUACCACUUUGAUCCCCAAACAGUCUCCAAACAUUCCCCUUCAAUUCAUCCACAAUACCAACAGCAACGUCGUCAAUGUACAGGAGCUCGUCUCCAGCAAGUUCUACGCGUUCGAUCUGUUGCUAGACUAUCAAGUGGACGUGAAUUUGGCCCUCGCUUGUUCCCACACCGACGCCUACCACCUCAAUGCACCUUUCACGAUCUAUUUGGAGACCCAAGCCAAGGAUCACAACAGCCAUCGGUCGUUGCGCACGGAGGUGCUGAAGAAAUCGUUGUUUGUCAAGUGUGAUCCCGCAUUCGUUCACCAGAGCAAUAACAAGAUUGUUCCAUUCAAUCUCAGGCACUGGGUGCCACCGGUGUUGGUCAAUUUGGACCGCCACAUCACCGUUCAUUUGGACAACUUGGUGCUCAAGGGUAGCCAGCUUCACGACAACAUCAGGAGGUUGCAGGUGGGCCUCGAACCACACAGUAAUAUUCUUAUCGACGAUGAGAAUAGUUUUCUCCAGUUUCAUAUCAAGUACGUUGGUUUCCGGUACUACUUGGUCAAAUAUUACUACACGUGUAUGUUGAUUGGGGCAGGGACCUUCUGGAUGAUCAGCACGUUCGUGUGUUUGUUAGUUAGCUACUCCAUGGUGUGGGGAGGCAGUGAACAGAAGAAGAGAGGGCAGGUCCCACGCGAAGCAGCUACUGGGAAACGCUAA